GCAUAUCAUAUUUUUAUUUGUUCGCUUGUCGUGGAAAGUGUGUUUAGAACCUCACAACCACCACUGGCAGGCAUGGCGCUCCCCAACAUUUGGCACCAUCGUAAAGUGGCCGAGACAGCAGCACGAUCAUGCGAUAUAUGCUACAAACCAUCUUCUAGUGUAUUGGUUACUCCAGACAAACGGGAUUUUUUCUAUGUUUGCCCUAUACAUCUAAAAGACCGUGGGUUUUGUUCGCCGAUUAUAGACGAGGAGGAAAUUGCGGCGAAGAAAAGAAAAGAGGAAAUGGACAAGGAAAUCGAAAAAGUGAAGCAAGAAUAUGAGGAGAAAAUGAAAAGAAAGAAGCAAAAGAGCAAGGAUGUGAAAGACGGCGAUGAUAAAAGGGAUAAGAAGAAAGAUGCAGGGGAAGGGGAGGAUGAGAAGGCGGAAAAAGAGAAGGAUGAUAAAAUCAAAUCUAUCCAGGAUAGCGCGGCCGAGACACGCACAGACGGAGGGCCCCGCAUAUUCUCACUCCACAAGAAUUUCUACCAGAUGCGUAUUGACCGUAUGCGCAACAUGGAGAUAGCGAAACGCAAUCGCGAACGUUUGAAAAAUCCCAACUUUUUCCCUUCAACCCCGAAAACGGAUUUGUGAAUUAGCCCAACCGGACCUGCAUUUUGGCUUCCUGUCCUUUGGAUGACGAGACAAGUGGAGCCACGUUAUAACUUUGCAGAAUACGAGUAAUGCGCAGCUGUUGGGGAGCUAGUCAAAACAUAUAAAGAAAACUAUCUACGGUCGCCAUUCAAUGACUCCUUCCGCCGACUCCGCCAGCCCUUUUUAUGGCAUUUUCAAGCGACUGGCAGCAGGUUGUCAGCGCUAAA